GCGGACUUCAUUGGUCGGGGUGCUGGAAGGGGCGGGGUUCAGCGCGGAGACCCCGCCCUGGUCCGGAACUUCCUGCUGCGGCUUCCUUCUGGACGCGGCCCUCCGGCGUGCGGCGCGGCGUGGAGAUGCCGGGCUGCGGGGCGCAGUCCGGCGACCGCCCGGGGCCGGCGCCCGCCCACACGUCGCCUGCACAAGCCGAGGCCCUUAGCAGUAAGAUCAAAGAACAAAAAGUUGUUGUGGAUGAACUUUCUAACCUGAAGAAGACUCGGAAAGUAUACAAGCAGCAACAGAACAGCAACAUAUUCUUUCUUGCAGAUCGAACAAAAAUGUUAUCUGAAAGCAAAAAUACAUUAGAUGAGCUAAGAAAAGAAUACCAAGCAUUAGAAAACCCAGAGACGCCCAAAGCCAAGACACAGUCACCCUGA